AUGGCGGGCAGCGCGUACUACAUAGCGCCGGAAGUUUUAAACAACUGCUACGGGCUGGAAGCGGACAUGUGGAGCGUGGGGGUGAUCCUCUACAUCCUGCUGUGCGGCCUGCCCUCUCCACCUCCUUCUCACCCUUUCAACCUCUCCCCACCGCUCCCCACCGCUCCUCACCGCUUCCCACCGUCUCUCACCUCCACACACUCCCUGUGCCAAGCUGACGACAAUGGCGGGCAGCGCGUAUUACAUAGCGCCAGAAGUGCCAAGCUGACGACAAUGGCGGGCAGCGCGUACUACAUAGCGCCAGAGGUGCUGAACAACUGCUACGGGCUGGAGGCGGACAUGUGGAGCGUGGGGGUGAUUCUCUACAUCCUGCUGUGCGGCCUGCCGCCCUUCUGGGCGGAGAAGGAGGAGGGCAUAUUCGCGGCCAUCAAGACGGGCAAGAUCGACGUGUUCACGGGCGUGUGGGAGGGCGUGUCGCAGGAUGCCAAAGAUCUCGUCAUAAAGCUGCUGACCAGGGACCCGUCCAAGCGGAUCACACCAGAAAAGGCUCUAGCCCACCGCUGGUUGAAGCAGCAUGCGGGCGCAACCCGCUUCCCCUCUUCCGCCUCCCUCUCCGGAAUCCCCCCCAAGCCCGCCACUGCUGACGUCAUGGGCGCGUUCAGGCGCGACAGCAGCGUCAGCAGCAGCACAGGGGGGGGCGCGCGCCCCAGCUCUAGCAGCGGGGCGGGCGCAGGGGGAGGGGGAGGCGGAGGGGGGGCGCACCACCAUCACCACGCAGGGGGGGGCGGGGUGGGGGGACUGGCGGGGGUUCUAGCAGGGGGAGACUCGUCUUUACUCUCCAAAGCGAUUCUCUCCCUGAAAAAAGUCGGUAGUGGGAGCGGGGGCGGGGGCGGAGGAGGAGGAGGGGGAGGAGGAGGCGGGGAGGGGGCACAUAGCGACCUGCUAGUUCUCCUAGAAGCGUUGAAGAAAAAAGUGGGGGACGGGGGGGUAACAGGAGCAGCAGGGGGAGGGGGAGCGGGACUCCCCCCCCCUAUAGUGCCUCGUUCCCGGAGCGUGGGGAUGAGUCGUAGCGGGUCGUUAUCAGGAGCUGAAUCCGAUGCUGACGGUGCUGCUGGGAAAGACAGACGGUCGGCGUCUGCCCGACACGGCUCCGGACUGACCGGGGCAGACGAUGAAACUUCCGAAGCUGCCCUGCAGGCGUUUCUCGCGGCUGCCCGGGAGGUUCUGAGGAAGGAUGGGGGGGAGGGAGGGGGGGGAGGAGCGGGGGGAGAGGAGCGUUUAGCGAAGCUUUUAGCUAAGCUUGAAGCAACGGGAGGAGGCGGCGGAGGAGGAGGGAGGGAGGAUCGACCAGGGUUACCUAGGGGCGGCAGCACGGGCGGCGGAGGGGCGGCAGGCCGGCCGAAGCUGCCGCCCUCUCGGAGCACAAGAGACGCGUCAGAUCACGAGGGGGAGGACGACGGGCGGCGGGUCAGAAAAGAAGUCAAGCUUCCGUCGUCUGCUUCUGUGUCUGCUGCCGAUGCCGGGUCGAAACUUUUGCGGCACCGCGACGAAUCACACGACGAGAAGGACGGCGCUGGUGGUGCUGCUGGUGAGGAUGGUGGUGCGGGAGCAAAGGGGGGAGCAGGAGGUGCGAGGGGCAUGUCUCGGGUGUCGGAUAAGGCUAAGAGUGCAAAGGAGAGGUUGGAAGGGAACAGCUUGUUUCGGCACAAGUCGACCAACGUGUCGGCUCUUGUUCCGGUCCGGGACGGCAGGGACGGAAGAGAGGGGCGAGACGGGAGGGACGGGCGGGACGGGCGGGACGGGCGGGACGGGAGGGAGGGGAGAGAUGGGAGAGAUGGGUCAGCAAGAGGCGGGGGAGGAGGAGCCAGGCCUGUGUCUCCUCUCUUGGAGGAAUCUUCUCGCUCCCGUCCGUCUAAUCGGGGGGGAUUAGGAGCUCCGCCGUCCCCCACAGCCAGUGUGAGCAGCCGAGCGGGCGGCGGCGGCCGGCGUGUUUCGGCUACUAAUGGCCUGGUUCGGCGGAAAUCGGCAGAUGUGGGGAAGUUGCUGGAGGAUUUGGGCGGCGACGGGGGGAAGGAUGCGGGGCGGGACGGGGCGGAGAGCACGAGCAGCGGCGGGCGGAAAUCGGCUGCUUCUGGCGGCUCGUCUGCUUCUCGGAGGCGGCCGAGUCGGGAUUUUGAUGACCUGGCGCGGACGGGCGGGGUUGUCUUUUCUGUGUCGGCGGGCGGCGGACUGAGGAAGGUGGCACAUGCUGAUGCUCACAUUCUAGAAUGCAUGUUUCCAUGUGCUUCUUAUCCUUCUUAG